UCACCAAGCAAACACUGCCGAUCGCUGCUGUAACUAUGUGUGGUGUGUGCGCGGCAAGAGGGAUGGAAACUGUUGCUGAGACGUUUAUUUCUUUUCUAUUGUCCAUGCACCAAAAAAUGCCAACAACAACACACAAAGAGCUGUUUGGAUGUUUUUUUGUUGCUGAGACGUUGCUUCUUACUAAUGUUCAUGCAUACAUACAUACAUGCGUUUUUCGCAUACACACCGAUUUGCUUGAUGAGAACAAAAGAGCGUAACAUUUGCGCGUGUCUCAUGUUGGCAUUCUGGUUGUGUUCUUUUUUUAUUCUUUUUAUUUGUUUUGUGCCUUCGCGUCGUGUCACAAGUGUUGUAAUAAAUGUUGAUACCAACUGUUUUGGGGGAAGACAAAUUAUUUGUCGAAGCGCCGGAGCCUUUAAAUCUACAAAGCUUUAUAAAAGCAGCCAAAUUAGAGUUAAAAAUUGAUGCCUCAAGAAAAAUAACAGCCUUAGUGUUUGGUGCAACCAUUAAAGAAGACCAGUUUGAAAAAGUAAUUCAUCAAUAUAUGUCAACACCUACUUUUCAUAUUGAGUUGCAAUUUGGAGACUCCGUUCGAUCAGUGGCAUCAGCAUCGACAGUUAGUGGCACUCUAUCGGAGUGUGAAUCCGUAGGUGGUUUUGGGGAUCUUACCCCAAAAACAAAUGUUAUUUCAACUUUAAAGACUGACAUAGAGUCCAUCAAGUCAAUUCCGGCUGUCAACAAAAUAUGGAGAAUUUUUAUUGCCGAAAAACGCCUGCAAAAUAAAGUUAGGGUGAAUAUUUCGAAGGCCCUUAUUGACGAAUGUCUAAAAGAAGACCCUAACAGAUUGUAAGUAUUUUACUUUAUUGAAAAAAUAGUGAUUGUAAUAAAA